AUGCCAGGCUUCAACUGGUUUACCACAGUGGUACUUCAAGUCAUCUGGGAGUUCUCGGUGCCAUCUUACUUCAGCAAUGAGUGGACGGCAUUUGUGAUCAAGAGGGUGGAGAAUGGUUCUGUCAGAUUCGACGGUCUUUGUAUCCAGUUGUUGCAGGAACUGGCGAAACAACUCAAUUUCAGCUACACCCUGGUGGAGCCCGAGGACAGAGAGUGGGGUCUGAUACUGAAUGACAGCUGGACGGGGCUGGUGAAGUUACUUGUCAAUGGGGAAGUUGACAUGAUUGUGGCACCAAUGACGGUGACUCAGAGCAGAGCCACAGUCAUUGAUUUCACAGUACCAUACUUCUACGACCAUUCAGCUCUUAUUAUGGGCAAACAAGAUCCCAACAGCAACAAAUGGUUAACCAUUCUAUACCUGUUCCGCUACGAGGUUCUCAUCUGUAUCCUCGUCUCACUCAUCUUCUCCACUGUCUUCCUCUUCGUCUUGGAAGAAGUGACACCAGUCCUUUCAUGGACGGAUGAAAGAUCCACGGAUUUGCAGACCCGAUAUGGAGAUAUACUCUGGUGUCAUUUUGGAUCUCUUGUGACGAACGGAGGAGCAUAUAUUCCCACCACUGGGUCCGGACGUACAGUACUCGCCUGCUGGUGGCUUUUCGCAGUGAUACUGGCUUCCACCUACAGAGGAAAUCUUAUUGCGUUCCUUGCCGACAGACGAGAGAAACCCCCCUUCUCCAACCUGGAUGAGAUGGUGCAACAGGACACGUACAAGUGGGGGUUUGUCGGAGGGACAUUACUGGUCCCUCUCUUUCAGGAAUCCAACAUCUCCGUUUAUCACAAGGUAUGGCAUGGUGUGGAGGAGAAAAUGACAAACGAACCUGAUUGGUUGAGUCUGGAUGGAGACGAGCACUUGCGCCGAGCGGUCGAAAGCCAGUACGUCUACUUGGCAGAGGAGUCUUCUUUCGAGAUGUGCUGA